AUGACUGACUCAAAGAACUACAACAAGAAGGAGGAAGAAGAAGAAGAAGAAGAAGAAACUACACAAUUCCAAGACCCAGAAGUCCAUAAAGUUCCAAACUUUGAAGUCUCCGAAACAGCUUUCCUUUUAACGAAACCCAACCUAUCUCACCUUCAUGAAGAUGCCACGAAGACCAUAUUAGAAGCCAUUGAAUUAGAAGAAAUGGGUCCAUUUUAUAAAUAUGCGUGUGAUGAAUUAUCUAUCCUUCCAUGGAACCCUUCUUUUUAUUCCAAAUUGAAUGCAUUAAAUGAAGCAAAGAUUAAUGAAUUAAAAGAUAAUAUUAAAAAAGUGGAAAAUGAAGAUGAGGGAGAUUUAGAAAUGGCUCAUCGUUAUAUUGCAUUGGGUGAAUAUUAUGCACAAAUUGGUGAUAAAGAAAAUAUGGAAAUCACAUUGAAACAAGUAUUAAAAAUGGCUAUUUCUACUGGUGCUAAGAUUGAUGUUAUGUUGACUAUUGCAAGAAUGGGGUUCUUUUAUAAUGAUCAAGUUUAUGUUAAGGAGAAAUUGGAACAAGUUAAUUCUUUGAUUGAAAAAGGUGGGGAUUGGGAAAGAAGAAAUAGAUAUAAAACUUAUAAGGGUAUUCAUUGUCUUGCUGUAAGAGAUUUUAAAGAAGCUGCUAACUUGUUAGUGGAUUCCUUAGCUACAUUCACUUCAGUGGAAUUAACUUCAUAUGAUAAGAUUGCCACAUAUGCUUCUGUUGCUGGGUUAUUUACUUUGGAAAGAACAGAUUUGAAAAAUAAAAUUAUUGAUUCUCCUGAAUUGUUAUCUUUAUUGACUACCACAUCUGCAUUACAAUCCAUUUCUUCGUUGACAAUUUCUCUCUAUACUUCAGAUUAUUCAAGUUAUUUCUCAUAUCUUUUGGAAACUUAUGAUAAUGUUUUAAUUCCAUGUAAAUAUUUGAAUAAACAUGCAGAUUUCUUUGUUAGAGAAAUGAGAAGAAAAGUUUAUGCCCAAUUAUUAGAUUCAUACAAGACACUAUCAUUAAGAUCAAUGGCAAGUUCAUUCGGUGUCUCCGUGGAGUUCUUAGAUAACGAUUUAGGGAAAUUUAUUCCAAAUAAGCAAUUGAAUUGUGUCAUCGAUAGAGUCAAUGGGAUUGUGGAAACAAAUCGACCAGAUAACAAAAAUGCCCAAUUCCAUCUCCUGGUUAAACAAGGUGAUGGUCUAUUAACUAAAUUACAAAAAUAUGGUGCUUCGGUUAGAUUAACAGGAACUGAUCGUGUAGCAUAA